AAAGAAGAGAGAAAAAGAAGAGAGAAAAAAAGAGAGUAAGCUUCGUAAAAGGUGUAUCUCACUCUUGUAGCAAAACCUAGUUUGAUAUUCUAAUCCUCGGAGUUGCGAUCUAACUGUUGGAGCAGAUAUUUGGAACAAAACAUUUCUCGAGAGAACAUGGAUUGCAACAGGGAUGAAGCGAAAAGGGCAAUGGAUGUAGCUGAGUUGAAGAUUACAGAAAAGGACUACAAUGGUGCAAAGAAGUUUGCAAACAAGGCUCAAAUCUUGUUUCCUGAGCUGCAUGGUUUGAAAAAACUAAUGACGGCUAUCGAUGUUUACAUCGCGGGAGAGAAACUAAUCGGCGGAGAAGUUGAUUGGUAUGGAGUCCUUGGUGUAGAUCCUUAUGCUAAUGAUGACGCAGUGAAAAAACAAUACCACAAGUUACUUCUUGUCCUCCAUCCGGAUAAAAACAAGUGCAACUAUGCUAAAGGUGCGUAUGACUUGGUUAUACAAGCUAAGGAUACACUAACUAAGGAGCCGGAGAAAGCAGUAUAUAUAGAAAAGAGGCGCAAAGAAGAAGCUCAACGAUCCCGAAAAGCACAGAGCGUGAAACGACCACGCCAGCCAACUUCUAAAGCGGCUAAAAAUGUAAGGAAGCCUGUUGUUCAGAAUGUCAAGGCUAGAGCUAAGUCCACUGCUCGUAUGGAAAGAUCCCAUGUGCCUUCGCCUGCGCAUGCUUUCGUUGUUCCUUCUUCGAUGGCGGAGCAGAGUACUCAAUUCUGGACACAGUGCUUGAACUGCAAAAACAAAUAUUUGUUUGAAAGGAUUUAUCUUAACAAGAACUUGCGUUGUCAAGAGUGUGGGCAUGGUUUCUUUGCGAAAGAGAUACCUCGACCGCCAAAUGCUUCCAUGCUGCCAGUCAACAACCUCUCUUCUACCAAGCUGCACAUGGAUUCCAAUUACUACCAAGCUUCUAGGAGUGUCCCUUCACCAUCUGUCAAGUACGUUUUUCAGGGGGGUCCUUCAUCAAAAGUGUCUGGUUUUAACAGCUGGAGUCCAACAAAUCAAGCUGCGGGUGUGGUUCAACAAGAACAAGUGGCAAAAGAGUUUUGGGAAUCACAAGAAAGAGAUGCUGCUAGAGGAUUCGCAAGCUUUGAUGUGAGAAGUUUCAAAAGGCCAAAGAUAGACGGUUCCAAUAUCCAUGGUGGUGAUCAAGUGGCUAGCAAUCAAACAGGUGCAAGGAUUGUUUCCAAUGGAAAUACCGAAACGCGUCAACAUCCCCGUGCUUUAGAUGAAGACAAGGGUGAUGGAAGAAUGGUGUUACCUAACAGAGCUCUCAUUGGAAGAGGCAAGGCAGAAAUUCGUAAGAGACUCCAGGAAAUGAUCUCUGACGUGGUAGCAAAAGUGAUUGCGCCGCCUCCUGAUGGAGAGAAGAAGAGUAUGAAUGCAACGAGCAAGAUGAGUGGCAAGGCAGAUGAGGUUGGAAGGUCAGUUGAGGAAACUCCCCGUGUGGCUUUAGAUGAAGACAAGGAUGAUGAAGUGGAGACAAUCAUUAUAGAUUAGUGGUUUCAAGGUAGUAACAAUGGAGGCAAGAAACAUAUCAGAUCAUCUUAUCUCACAUGUGGAAUCAUUAGGGCAUAUCACUAAUUAUCCAAGUAAGGUUUGAUAUUUUGUUCUUUUCUCUUUUCUAUUUUUCUUUCUUUUGCUUAAAACUUAUUCAGAAACUAUCUGCAUCGGAAACAUUAGUCCGAAUAUUUCGUAUAUUUUUCUGGUGGUUAAGUGUAAAACUUUGUUGGUAUUUUGGUAUCAUUUGUUUGGAUAUUAUUGACAUGUUAGUGAUAAA